AUGGAGGAUCUCAAUCAAAGCAGCUUGCAGCCAGCCUCCUUCCUUCUGCUGGGCAUGGCAGGCCUGGAAGACCUGCAUGCCUGGCUCUCCGUCCCAUUCUGCCUGGUGUACAUCACAACCCUCCUUAGCAACCUCAUCCUCUUGCUUGUCAUCGUGGCGGAGCGAAGCCUCCACAAGCCAAUGUACCUAUUCCUGGCCAUGUUAGCCGUGGCGGAUCUCGUAUUAUCCUCCUCCACGGUGCCCAAAGCCCUGAGCAUAUUCUGGUCCCUUUCCAAGGAGAUGUCCUUCCAUGCCUGCCUAACCCAGAUGUUCUUCACACACGUGAGCUUCGUUGCAGAGUCGACCAUCCUGCUGGCCAUGGCGUUCGACCGCUACGUGGCCGUCUGCCAUCCGCUGCGCUACGCCGCUGUCUUCACACGCUCGGUGAUCACCAUGGUGGGGCUGGCUGCCGUAGCCAGGAGCUGUUGCGUGAUGUUCCCAACAAUAUUCCUCCUUCAGAGGCUGCCCUACUGCGGACACCGAGUCAUGCCCCACACCUACUGCGAGCACAUGGGCAUCGCCCGCCUGGCCUGCGCCGACAUCUCGGCUAAUGUCUGGUAUGGCCUGGCCACCACCCUUCUGUCCCCAGGCCUGGACGUCGUGCUCAUCGGGAUAUCAUAUGGCCUCAUCCUCCAGGCUGUCUUCAGGCUCUCGCCCAAGGAUGCCCGGCUCAAGGCAGUUGGCACCUGCAGCUCUCACGUUUGUGUGAUAUUGAUGUUCUACACCCCAGCACUUUUCUCCUUUUUCACUCAUCGCUUUGGACACAACGUCCCCCACCGCGUUCACAUCCUGUUGGCCAAUCUCUAUGUCCUCCUGCCACCCAUGUUAAACCCCAUGGUCUACACGAUGAAAAACAAACUCCUUCGAGAAAAGGUGGCCCGAGUUCUGCAUCUUCCCCAGACAACACAGGUGAGCACACACAGGUGA